GAGAGCCCAGUCCAAGCUCAAGUUUGGCCUGCAAUCGAUCUAUAAAAAAAGCUGGAAGCCGCAUCCUUACUAUCUUUUAGGAGAUUCGAGAAAUCGGGAAGGUCUUCCAAACCGUUUGGACGCCAACGUGGUUCAGGUAAUUAGAAUAAACAAGCAUGGCCGGUGGUGGAAAUUUCGUUCACAGAGUCAUGUCAUACCUCGUCAAUGAGCUUCUGGUCGAUAGCCUCGCCAACAGCAAAUCAUUCCAGAGGUUUGCUGUGAGGACAUCAAAGCAGAUGGAUGAGCUUUCAAAUUUGGCUGCCAAGAAGAAGGAACAACUUGCCGAGCAGAUGAAGGAUAUCUCCAAUUCUCUCAAAGAUCGGUAAGACAUAAGUGGUGAUCGCAGCUGUCAUUGCGCCAUCUGUAUACAUCCUUCUUGAUGCUGUCUUUGAGAGCUCUAUGGGAGCAAAAUAGUGUUUAUGAGUUCUUUUUUUUUUUUUGGUUGCUUGUAAGAUGUGCUUCUGAUUGCACUUUAGUUUGUUACUAAACCUCCUUGUAUAUCAAAGAGUAGUUUAUGACCUCCCUCUCUAGUUCAAGCUACUUGUAUCCCUUGACUGAAAUAAAUUUAUAGUUGGUGAUCUCGAUUAUUUGUUGUUGGA